AUGACCACGAAACCAGUAUCAACUUCGUCGGGUGUUUCACAUGAUAUCACAGUGCAAACUAUACUUCUAUAUAUUCCCAAUUUGAUUGGAUACUUUCGUAUCAUUACAGCAGUCAUUUCAUUCCUUCUCAUGCCAAGUCACCCCGUGGCCACAUUGAUUUUUUACGGUAUUUCAGGAUUUUUGGAUGCAUUUGACGGCUACGCCGCAAGAAAGUUCAAUCAAGGAACUAGAUUUGGUGCCGUUUUGGACAUGGUUACCGAUCGUUGUGCCACCACUAGUUUGAUUGUUUAUUUGGCUGUUUUAUACCCAAGGUAUUUUUUCAUUUGGCAAUUAUUGGUUAGUUUGGACUUGGCUUCUCAUUACAUUCACAUGUAUGCCAUGUUAUCGGCUGGAUCCACAUCACACAAGAAUGUUGAUGAAUCGCAAUCCAAGCUACUUUCAUUGUACUACACCAAUAGGAAAGUUUUGUUUAUCGUUUGUGCCGUGAAUGAGUUUUUCUAUGUUGCGGUAUACUUGCACUAUUAUGGAUUCUUUUGGCUAGGUACUGUUACGGCAGUGUUGAGUGCGCCCAUUUGGUUUUUCAAACAGGUUGCAAAUGUUAUACAGUUGAAAAGUGCGCUGCUCAUUCUUGCUAGAAUGGAUGUUGAAGAGCACAGCAAGAGGAAGUAA